UACUCCAGGGCCUGCUCACGUCAUGCUGGCCACUCAAGAGAUUCUUCACAACAUGGCUGCCAUUGAAGAGCUUCGUUGCAAGAUGGCCGCCACAUAAGAGUCUCUUCACAAAAUGGCCGCCCUUCUAGAGUCUCAUCACGUCUCAACUGAUCUUCCAGAGUCUCGUCACGACAUGGCCGCCAUUUCAGAGUCUGCUCACGUUAAGCCUGAGUCCCCGGCCAAGAUGGCCGCCACGCCUGAGUCCCCGGCCAAGAUGGCCGCCACGCCUGAGCCUCUCCACGUACCGGCUGUCACCAAGAUUUCCUCUAAGGAUUUUUUGGCGGGGGGCUAUAGUACCCAAGCUCAUGCGAAUGCAGAGCUUGGGCGAGGACUGAAAAGACUGAUUGCUAGUGUGAUGGACCCACCACUGAUGUCAGUGAGAGCGGCUGACAUUCCAGUGGUCCCUACGCUCUCAAGCCCGCCAGGCAUCCCACUGUCUACUGCACUGCCCGUAAUGGCGGUCGCCAUUUUGAGCGUGUGGGCUGCACACUGCGCUCCAGAGUCCUCUCCUGUCCACAAGUCUACUCCUGAGGCCUCUCCUGUCCACGAGUCUGCUCCAGAGGCCUCUCCUGUCCACGAGUCUGCUCCAGAGUCUGCUCCUGAGGCCUCUUCUGUCCUUGAAUCUGCCCCAGAGGCAUCUCCUGCCUAUGAGUCUGUCUCAGAGGCCUCUCCUAUCCACGAGUCCGUUUCAAGUGCCUUUCCUGUGCCUGAACCCGCUGCAGAACCUCCAGAGGUCUCCAAGGAGCAGGACUGA